AUGUCUCAAACUUUGUUAAGCAACUGGUCUCGCCCCGUCUUCCUGGGCUUGCUGGGACUAUUGCUGCUGUCACCCCUUUUGUUGCCCUAUACGGUCACCGCAAGCGAGCGCGUGUUGACCAUCGGCAACGCCGGCGAGCCGCAGACUCUGGAUCCACACCGCUACAACCUGCGGCUGGAAGAAACGCUAUUAAACGAUCUGUUUCUCGGGCUGACCACCUUCAACGCUGCCGGCGAAAUCGUACCAGGGGCAGCGCAGUCCUGGCAGACCAGCGAAGAUGGCCUGACCUGGACCUUCACCCUGCGGGACAACCUGAAGUGGUCUGAUGGUCAACCGUUAACCGCAGCAGACUUUGUUUACGCCUCACAGCGGCUGCAGGAUCCUGCAACGGCGGCAAGCCUUGCCUACUUCAUGUACAUGGUCAAGAACGCACCUGAGGUGAACCGGGGAGAGCUGCCGGUCAGCGCGCUGGGCGUUUCAGCACCAGAUGCGCGCACCUUUGUGAUCGAACUGAGCCAACCAUACCCCUAUCUGCUGGAACGCCUACUCUACCCCACGGCCUUCCCCGUGCCACAACAUGUUAUCGAAACCCAUGGUGAGGACUGGGUGAAACCCGCCAACUGGGUAAGCAACGGCGCGUAUAAGCUGGCGGAUUGGCAGCCGCAGGCUUUUGUGGAAAUGCAGGCAAAUCCACAUUUUUAUCAACCGGCGCCCAUCGAAAACGUCCGCUACCUGCCCGUGGUGAACGAACAGAGCGCGUAUAAUCGUUUUCGCAACGAGGAACUACACGUGAUUGGGUCGUUUCCUGUGGGCGAACUUGACCGCGUCAAAACCAGCUACCCCAACGAGCUACAUCUAUCCGACCUUCUCUCGAUGAUGUAUCUGGUAUUCAAUACCGAAAAAGUGCCUUUUAAUGACACCCGAGUCCGACAGGCACUUACGCUGGCAAUCGACCAGAAUAUUCUGACUGACAAGGUGCUGCGCUCUGGCAACAAGCCGGCCUACAGCUUUGUUCCGAACCUGAUCGCAGAUUAUCAAACCACACCCCUGCCGCAUAUCGGAGAAGCCAGAGAAGAACGGCUACAGAAAGCUAAAGCGUUGCUGAGCGCUGCCGGUUACAACACAUCCAACCCUUUGAAGUUAACACUCCGUCAUGUCAGCGGUGCAGAAGGGAAAAAGGUUAACCUGGCGAUUACCGGCAUGUGGCGCCAGAUUGGUGUUAUCGCGAAUCUACAGCAGGCUGAGCUACGCAACCAUUUUGCGGAUCUUCGUCAAGGUGACUUCGACGUCGCCUGGGCGGGUUGGGUGGGCGAAAACAACGCAGAGCACUACCUUACGCUGCUGCAAUCAGAUAUCGGCAACGUCAACUAUGGCCGUUUUGCUGACCCCAGGUUCGAUGACAUGAUCAAAGCCGCGCAACAACUUGCCGAUGCAGCAGAGCGUAAUGCACAGCUGGCAGCUGCAGAAGCUUAUGUCGUCGAAUCUUACGCGGUUGUACCGUUGUAUACGGUAAGUGUGCGACGGCUUGUUUCACAACAGAUAUCCGGCUGGGAAAACAACCUGCGCGACGUGCAUCAGAUCCGGUAUCUGCCAGCAAUGACCAGCUACAUCCUGAAACGCCUGUUAUUUGCUGGUGCAACACUGUUUGUCAUCAUCACCGUGGUGUUUUUCCUGUUGCGCCUGGCGCCGGGCGGUCCAUUUGACGGGGAGCGCCGUCUGCCACCAGAAAUCGAAGCCAAUCUCAAAGCGGCCUACAACCUGGAUGCGCCGCUUAUUUCUCAGUACGGCCGAUUUAUUUUCAAUCUGACGCAAGGGGAUCUGGGACCAUCAUUCACACAGAAAGAUUUCGAUGUGAACGAACUCAUCCGUGCGGGUUUACCUGUGAGUCUGAUGUUAGGCCUGGGCGCCCUCGCCUGCGCACUGCUGUUGGGGUUAUCCAUCGGUAUUGUUGCCGGGCUUAAACCCGGAGGUUUAUUAGAUACGUUGCUGAUGGCAGUGAGCAAUUUAAACAUUGCCGUACCGACCAUUGUUGCCGCACCGCUGAUGGUGCUGCUGUUCAGCGUCACGUUAUCCUGGUUCCCGGCCGGUGGUGCCGACACCUGGUGGCACUUUGUCUUACCCGCCCUGGCGCUGGGUCUUCCACUGAGCGCUGAGAUUGCGCGGAUCAUGCGCGGUGGCAUUGCCGAAACCAACCUUGAACCGUUUGUUAAAACAGCUAAAGCCAAAGGCCUGACAAAAACCAGAAUCGUGUUUAUGCACCUUCUGCCCGCCGCGUCGAUCCCCUUGUUAUCCUUCCUGGGGCCAGCUAUGGCGGGGCUGCUGACCGGCUCGGUAGUUGCAGAACAGAUUUUCGAUCUUCCCGGCAUCGGUCGUUACUACGUUCAAGGUGCCCUGAAUCGCGACUACACGCUGGUCAUGGGCGUCACCAUUGUCUAUUCCUUUGCCAUUCUGUCCUUCAACCUGCUGGUCGACGUGGCGUAUGGCCUGAUUGAUCCACGCCAACAGUUUUUCAAGUCUUCGCCGCUGGUCAUCAUUGCCGCAGCGCUAUUGCUGCUGAUGCUCGCUGGCGCUGUUCUGGGACCGGUGAUCAGUCCGUGGGACGGUGAAGCAAUGGAUUUUGAGGCCUUGGAAGCACCACCAUCCCUCAGCCAUUGGUUUGGUACCGACCAGGUUGGCAGAGACCUUUUUGUACGCACUAUGGAAGGGGCCCGCGUAUCUUUUCUGGUGGCCUUCAUCGCAGUAACUGUGAGUCUUGCAAUCGGUAUACCCUGGGGGGCAGCGGCCGGUCUUGCCGGUGGUCGAAUAGACCAGCUGAUGAUGCGCUUUGUAGAUGGGAUGUAUUGCCUGCCGGGCAUUCUGAUUGUCAUUCUGUUAGUUGUCUUGUUUGGUCGGAAUCCCUACCUGCUGUUUGCUGCUUUGGGCGCCAUCUCCUGGCUGACCAUCGCCCGCAUCGUACGCGGACAGACGCUACGUCUGCGCAAUGCGCCAUUUAUAGAAGCCGCCAGAGCAAUGGGACUAUCUACGCCCUACAUCCUGCGUAAACAUGUCAUACCAAACGUAAUUGGCCCUGUGAUUGUCUACACAACGCUGGCCAUACCGGCUGUCAUUCUGGCUGAAAGUUUUAUCAGCUUUCUGGGUCUGGGUAUCGCCGAACCACAAACCAGUUGGGGUGUGCUGGUCUCGGACGGCACCGCAGCCAUGGAAUCAACAUAUAUGGGUAUAGGCGCAGGCAUUGGGAUUGCCAAUUUCACCUUCGAUGACGCCAGAGGCUUCUGGCGAUGGGUCGAUCUGUGUGACAACGGCGGCGUAGAUUCUAUCUGGCAGAGUGAUCGCAUUAUUGAUGCGGCACCCAACCUUGAAACCAUGAGCGUUAUGGCCGCACUGGCCGGCGGCAGCAAGAAACUCAAGUUCGGUAUGAACGUCGCAAGCCUGGGUCUGCGCAACCCGGUGCUGAUGGCCAAACAGUGCGCCACCAUCGAUGUUCUCAGCGACGGCAGACUGCUACCCGCCUUUGGCGUCGGCAGCGCCCUCUCCAAAGACUUCACUGCCACCGGCACACCCACCAGAGGUCGCGGCAAACGCACGGACGAAGGCCUGGAAAUCAUGUCGCGCCUGUGGCGUGAAGAUAACGUGGAUUUUGAGGGGCAGUACUAUCAGCUCAAAGGCGCCACGAUAUCUCCCAAACCCGUGCAACAGCCCAUUCCUUUAUGGACAGGCGGCUCAGCACAACAGGCGAUUGAACGCACCGCCAGGUGGGCCACGGGCUGGCAGGCCGGCAUAGAAACCGCUGCGGAAAUAGCACCUGUCAUCAGCGCGAUCAAAAGCCGCGCAAACGAACUUGAUCGGCAUAUUGAUGAUGACCAUUUCGGCGCGGGCUUCGGCUUCCGCUUUGGCAGAGCAGAUGAACCUAUUGUUGAACGUUAUCAGACGCUGUUAAGCAAACGCCUGGGUAAACCCGCCUCCGGGUACAGUGCGGUAGGCGAUGUCAGCGACAUGAUGGCGCUGGUGCACGACUUCCGCACGGCAGGCGUGCACAAACGCGCCUGA